UCAAGAAGGCAUCGGAGUCUCCAGCUCUGGAGCGGCCACUCCAGCGCCGAGCGGCGCCCGCGAGGGCCUGUGAGGCCCUCGAAGUCGCUCCUCUGGUGUGGCCAUGGCCGCCAGCCUAUGGAUGGGAGACCUGGAGCCCUACAUGGAUGAGAACUUCAUCUCCAGAGCCUUCGCCACCAUGGGGGAGACCGUGAUGAGCGUCAAAAUUAUCCGCAACCGCCUCACUGGGAUUCCAGCGGGCUACUGCUUUGUAGAGUUCGCAGAUUUGGCUACAGCAGAGAAGUGUUUGCAUAAAAUUAGAAAACCCCUUCCAGGAGCCACGCCGGCAAAACGUUUUAAAUUGAACUAUGCCACUUAUGGGAAACAACCAGAUAACAGUCCUGAAUACUCCCUUUUCGUGGGGGACUUGACUGCAGACGUGGAUGAGGGCAUGCUGUACGAAUUCUUCGUCAAAGUCUACCCCUCUUGUCGAGGAGGCAAGGUGGUUUUAGACCAGACGGGCGUGUCUAAGGGUUACGGAUUCGUGAAAUUCACAGAUGAACUUGAACAGAAGCGAGCCCUGACAGAGUGCCAGGGAGCAGUAGGACUGGGGUCUAAACCUAUGCGGCUGAGCGUGGCCAUCCCCAAAGCGAGCCGUGUAAAACCAGUGGAAUAUAGCCAGAUGUACAGUUACAGCUACAACCAGUAUUAUCAGCAGUACCAGAACUACUAUGCCCAGUGGGGCUAUGACCAGAACACGGGCAGCUACAGCUACAGUUACCCCCAGUAUGGCUACACCCAGAGCACCAUGCAGACAUAUGAAGAAGUCGGAGAUGAUGCACUGGAAGACCCCAUGCCACAGCUGGAUGUGACAGAGGCCAACAAGGAGUUCAUGGAGCAGAGUGAGGAACUGUAUGACGCACUAAUGGACUGUCACUGGCAGCCUCUGGACACGGUGUCUUCAGAGAUCCCCGCCAUGAUGUAGUCAGGACAAGGGAUAAACCUGAAUGGACUAUGUUCUUUUUUAAAAUAUUGUGAACACUUUUUA